AGAAAGAGGAUCUGACCAGUGGGAAUUAAAGUUGGUACAGAAGCCUUUUCAACUCCAAAAAUGUUGGAGGAAGAUAUGGAAGUGGCCAUCAAGAUGGUGGUUGUUGGGAACGGAGCAGUUGGAAAAUCAAGCAUGAUUCAGCGAUACUGCAAAGGCAUUUUUACAAAAGAUUACAAGAAAACCAUCGGAGUUGAUUUUUUGGAGCGACAAAUCCAAGUUAAUGACGAAGAUGUCAGAUUAAUGUUAUGGGAUACGGCAGGUCAAGAGGAAUUUGAUGCAAUAACAAAGGCCUACUAUCGAGGAGCCCAGGCUUGUGUGCUUGUAUUUUCUACCACAGACAGGGAAUCUUUUGAAGCAAUUUCCAGUUGGAGAGAGAAAGUAGUAGCUGAAGUUGGAGAUAUACCAACUGUACUUGUACAAAACAAGAUUGAUCUCUUGGAUGAUUCUUGUAUAAAGAAUGAGGAAGCUGAAGCACUGGCCAAAAAGCUAAAGCUAAGGUUCUAUAGAACAUCGGUGAAAGAGGAUCUCAAUGUGAAUGAAGUUUUUAAAUAUUUGGCCGAAAAGUAUCUUCAAAAACUCAAACAAGUAGCUGAGGAUCCAAAAUUGAGGCAUUCAAGUAGUAACAAAAUUGGUGUCUUCAACACAUCUGGUGGCAGUCACUCGGGUCAGAAUUUAAGUACCCUUAAUGGCGGAGAUGUCAUCAAUCUUAGACCCAACAAACAGAGGACCAAGAAAAACAGAAAUCCUUUUAGCAGCUGUAGCAUACCCUAAAAUUUUUAGGCAGGAAAAAAAAUGUGCAAUUCAGUAAGAGCUACUUCCAGCUAUCAUGGUAUGUUACAGUUUUUAGCAGACUUUGCACCUAACGGCUCUCUGAACGUUGAUAGACUUAAAUACUGUUCUGCAGUGCUUCUCAGAAUGGAGUGAGAACUUUGGAGGAAAAAUUACUGCCCUGUGGACUCAUUUUAAUUUUUUUACAUUAGACGAAGCUUCUCCUGUUUUUGAAGGAAUGCUGUAAGAAAUGUCAAAAACAGGUUUUGCUGAAUUUUAAGUACUGGAAAACAAAUGAAAUGCCUAAAUAUAUCGGUACGGAUUGUAAAAUUAUAGGUCAAGGAAAGAUAGCAAGCAUCCUUUCUGAAACUGGUCACCUAGCUUUUCUGGAAAAUAGUAUUGAAUCCAAGUACUCACACACAAAAAAUAUUGAAAGGUACGCCCUAAGUCCUGACAGACUGCUUUAGUGUGCACUGUGGCAGCAUUGCUUGUCAAUAUCUGUAUCGUGUGGGGUAUCUGUUGCAUGCAGAUACUCGGUUCUGAAGUAAACCGAAGGUGUGUGCAGUAUUUACGGAAACAUAGAAUCUCAUUCAUUCAUUCAUAGAACCAUUUACACAUUGUGUGUGUGUUAAAAUUUUUAUUUUCAAGUAAGAAAUUUCAGACAUAUAUUUUGCAAGAGUUCAAAUUUAAAGUGUUUUGUGCCAAAAAUAUCCUAAUUUUUACAAUGCUUUACUAUCAGAAUUUAUAUUGUUUAUAUCUUUUAAAAGCAGUUUUCCUCUCUGAUGGGGUAGAUAAAAGAGUGUAAAUGUUUUAGUGCUAGAGCAUCUCCCAGGUGAGACUUGUUGCAAAAGCUUUUACACAUGUCCCUCCAUUAGCACAGUGAGCUUGUGCUGGCCAAGUCCUUAGGCAGACACAGCACGUCUGUGGUUACCCCUUAGGGCCUGGGAAGUGCAGUGGCGCUUCCAGCACCCCUUGCUGACUGAAAACACAAUUUUGAACUUUUAAGAUUAAGCUAACAAUUUUUAAAAUGCACCACCGUAAUCCACAUUAUGGAUUUUAUAAUGCCCUGCAACUGUAAAGCAUCUUUUUGUUUACACCUUUUUGUAUGGUAUUUUUAAAUUAUCACUUAAAAAUUUCUAUAACCUUAGGUCUGUACAGCACUUUCCCAAGACCUCUGUCAGGAACAAAUAUAAAAUAAUUUCUUUUAAAUGAUUUUAAUAUGUAAUCGUGGCAGAGCAUAAAUUUUGUGAUUUGAGGGGACAGUAGCUUUCCAACUAAGAUAAGUGCAUGAACUCUUGUUAAAACUAUCAUUUAUCAAUGAUUUUGUUUAUAACCCCUUGCAAUAUACCUGGUUUUUAAAGGAUUUCAAAAUAUGUAAAAAUAACUUCUUGGAAAAUAUGCUAUAAAGUCCUUUUUCAUUAUUUGUACUAUAUGCAUAAUGUUUAUAUAUUUCUUUUGUAUGUUUUCUCUCUUUUUUCCUAAGUCUUCCAUCUGCACCAUUCUCAUCCCCCAUCCAGCUUCAUGUUGAGAACCUAAUAGAAUUUUCUUUAAGUGACCAAGAGUGGAUGUUUGCUUUUCAUAACUUUGAAAUAAUCUGGCAUUAUAUAUUUCAAAGUAAUAUAAAAUGUUUACUUUUAUGUCACCAGUUGUCACCACUCCCAUUGCUGGCAGUGGGAUGCGUGUUGGGGGAAAACUCAGUUCCUGUCAAUGGAUACCUGCUAGUGAGUCACCUUUCCUUUUUUACCCUCUUGAAACAUAGUCUCUUUAAUUUUUGCACAAAAUAUAUUUUGCCUCAAAUAGUCUUAUGUUUUUUAGUAGCAGCAAAAUCACAUUGUGUAAUAUGUUGUAGUUGUAUUUCAUAUCAAUUAAAUGCAUGUUGGUAAAAGUUUGUUACUGUUUCUAUAUAAAAAAUGUAAUCUCUGAUGGUUGCAGUUUCCAAUAUUUGUAAUAUAAUUUUAUGUACUUAGUUUUGUCUUUCUUUGUGUGAGAGAGAACAGAGAGAAAUCUUUGUUACACAUUUGAAAUUUUAAUUUGCACAUCUGUAUUUUAAAUCUAACCAUAAUUAAUCAUUAAUAUGUUCUCAAUUUAAUUAGUUCUAAAACCUUCUAAAUUAACAUUAACUUUACUCUUAGCUUCUAAUGAACCAUGGUUGCUGAAGGAAACUUGUCUAAGCCUCCAGGAGGUUGUGCAUUUGUGCUUUAAUGUAUUUUUACAUUAUGGCUCAUUUUGAGCAUACAGACAGAUAGCUCUGUAAUAACUGCCAUAUUUCCAAGUUCCAGAGGCUCCCUCUUCCUCUUUCAGUCUGCCUGUUGAAUUAAAUAGCAUACAGAACAGCGCAUAUAAGGCAAUAUAGUUAAAUAAAGCCAGGCCAAAUGGUUUUCUUUCAUCUGCCCAAAGUUGAUAGCACACAGACACUUUUUCAAAAUAAAGUAAAACUAACAUCAUAAAGAGAUGAACACCUUUCUCCACUGCAGAGUGAAGUGAGGUGGUUGUUUCAGAGGUUGGGGGUGCAGAGCUCAGAAAGAAAACUCACUAGUGCACCCCACUGGGCCUGUGACUCUUAGGGACUUGGGUCUUUUCUGAAGAUCCUAGAAUGGGGAGUUGGCCUAGGACCCAAUUUCCCAACUUAAAGUGAACUAUUUUAAUGCAAAAUAUUAAUUGAUAGCAUCCUGUUUAAAACCUUUGAAAUAGUUACUAGUAAUUUGCUGAAGUGCUCCCAUUACUAGAUACCUGUUUCUCUGAAAACAAAGUGAACUGUAAAAACUUGUCUCACACCGCACAGUCUAAUGAACAGGUAGAUUUAUUCAGUUUUAACUAUUAGUUACAAUUACAAACAUCAUGGGUACUGUUCUCACUCUUUAGGUUUUCACCUUAAAACAUAUAAGCCUAUCGUACAAGUGAAUUUGUUCGCUAACAGAAAAUAUUUAAAACCACAGUGGUUCUGAAAUAUGCAAUUACCUAACUCCGGGUAACUGGGUGGCUCAGCUGGAAUAACCUUUAUUAGUGUUCCUUUUCUUCUCUCUCUCGAAAUAGUAGGAUGUUGGUAAAUGGUCUUAAAAAUAAAAACUUUGGAUUAAAAGGAAA